AAAUGCUUCGAUUAGUCUCCUACAAAUGCACCAUUUUCUAUUCUUCCGCCGCCGGUUGUUGUCGAAGUGGACAAAGGUUAGCGUCUUGUAUUCGCGAUUCGAGUGUGGUUUUAUGCUGCAAUUAUCUAGAACAAAGUGCUUUUAUCUCCACCUUCAACAGUGCGUCGCUCGUCGGAUAAACAAUUAAUCCGAAUUAUAUUGUUCUUGCUUUGUGUCGCCCGGGCCAUAGUGAUUCGAGUUGAAUGAAUACCGACGCGCCGCCGUGUUCUAGUGGAAAGGAUUCUUCCGGCGAACUAUCGGUGAAAGAUGAAUCGUGUGGUCUCAUAGAACUGGAUGGGUCUGUAGACGAGUUGCAAGAUUCAGUGACCUCCGUGUUUGUUGAUGACCAGUGGCCGGGACAGAUUUUGGUCGAAGGUGUUGACGAAUUUGGAAGUACGGUAACCUACCUCGCCGACCAUUUGAACGUUCACCAGGAAGAGGCGCUGGAUGGUCAAUCGUCUCCGGUGAUAACCGUGAUGGAUGUCCACCGUUUGGAAGAAUCUGACGAAGACGUCCAGAAUGCCGUUAAUCAGUACUAUAUGAAGCUGGAGAUGCCGGAUGGUUCCUCCGGUGAGGACGAUGACGGUGCCAAUUUGGCUACCGAUCCGGAUAAUACUUUCUUCCGUAAAUACAUUACGCAGUACAAGAUGGAAUCAAUGAGGCAAAGCACCGCCGACGAUAUGCUGACCAUGGAGUCUGAUAUGAAAGGCGGCAUACUGCACGCCACAAUGCCGCCACAUCAUGCGUCCUCCCUGCACAGCCACUCGACGUCACCGUACGGGGCGUUGGGAUCGCUGAGUAUGAUGAACAUCGGACAAUCACAGCUGGGUCAUCAGGCGCAACAUCUCAGUCAUCAGCAGCAUCUGUCGUCGCAUAACAACAACAGUAGCUCGUACGGACAGACCCAUACCAAUCCGCAUGGUUCCCCGUUGCAGCCCGGUUCCGGACUUAGUCCGAAUGGGCCAUCGCAGGCUUCCCAGCAACAGACACCGCCCACGACGGGACUUGGUAAUCAUCACAUCACCUCAACCGGUCAGACCCAUGGUCAUAUGGGAGUCACUGUCAAUCACAAUAAUAACAACACCAGCAAGGCGGCACAACUGAAUGCCGAUCGGGUGAAGCGACCGAUGAAUGCGUUUAUGGUGUGGUCACGCGGUCAACGCCGGAAGAUGGCUUCAGACAAUCCAAAGAUGCACAAUUCGGAGAUUUCCAAACGGUUGGGAGCACAAUGGAAGGACCUCUCGGAGACGGAGAAGCGUCCAUUCAUCGACGAGGCAAAGCGAUUGCGGGCGGUCCAUAUGAAGGAACACCCGGAUUACAAGUACCGUCCACGCCGGAAGACGAAGACUCUGACUAAAACCAAGGAGAAGUAUCCAAUGGGGGUGGGUUCGCUGUUGCAAUCGAGCGAAGGCAAUACCAUUCGGAAUAGCAACACAAUCUCGGCGGCACAGCAAGCGGCCGUGGCGGCAGCAGCCAAUCGUGAUAUGUACCAAAUGCCUCCCAAUGGCUACAUGCCGAAUGGUUACAUGAUGCACGAUGCUUCGGCCGCAGCGUAUCAAUCACAGUCACACUACAUGAGCAAUUAUCAUCGCUACGACAUGGGCCAAAUGCACAACGCUGCCUCGACGGGAUCGCUGAACUCCUACAUGAAUGCAACCAGCUACGGAAUGUACGGCACCGUGUCCGGUGGGCAGACAUCUCCCUACGGUCUGCAGCAACCGGGAUCACCAUACAAUACAAUCCAGCAGCAGCCAGGAUCGCCGUACGGUUUGAACCAACCCGGCAGCCAAAUUUCCUGCCAAAGUCAUAGUCCCAGUGAUUCCAGUGUGAAAUCCGAACCCGUGUCACCUAGUCCUACGUCCACCAACAACAACCUAAUAAUGAAACGCGAGUACGGGCAACCUGCCGGUCCGGAUCUGAGCCAUCUAAUCAACAUGUACCACGUGCCAGACAUGCAAAGUGCAGAACAUCAGCGGAAUUUGAUGCAACACUACCAGCAUAGUGCGUCACCCGAACUACAGGCUCAGCAGCAGCAAGUCCUCCGGACCAUGGCACCCAUCUCGCACAUGUGAGACUUAGCCAGUUCCGUUGGUCUCCAGUCCGUAACCUCAUCAUCACCGGCAGCGCUGGCACCGCCUUUAUCGCCGGUGCUCAAUACCGGAACUGGUCCGCCAAUGUUCCACAGCCAUCCGGGGGCACCGCCCUCGCAGUCGUCCUCAUCCUCGUCCUCGUCACCGCUAUCGGCCUACCGACAUCAUCAUCACCAUCACCACCAUCAUCAUCAUCUCAGCAAUGGUGGUUCUGGUCUUGGCACCGCCGGUACCGGUGGCUCCAGCAGCAGUUGUAGCAGUCUCAGCCUUGGCCAUAACCUCAACGCACCGUCAUCGGUGUCACCCACGGGAACCGAAGGCGCCAGUAGUCUAGGACAUCAUCAGCUUCAUCACAUCAGCAAUUGCGUUAGUACCGAUAGAACUAAUCAUUUAAUGGACAUAUCGCCACUCUAAUCCUCACUUUGCCACUCCCUGUACGGUCUGAUCGCGAUAACGUGAACAUUUGACCAAGCUCAAAGUCAAUUUCGGUUCACUUUGUCGCGUUUCGACCGAUCCCCUUACGAUACUGAUUUCGCUUCCGAAAACGCGUGUACCUUGUUAAGUUUGAAUAAUUCCUUUCCGAUCAAGUCUCGUCGUCAUUGAGGAGGAGAUCGCUCUCCCCAAGAUUGUGAAAUGCAAAUUGCAAGAGGAACAAAAACCACUGUGUGAUAUUAAUUCUUUUUUUUCCCUUCUCUAUCGAUAUGAAUUUGUGCAUUUUUAUUUGGAUUCUCUAUUUAGUAGCAAUUAAAAGUUGAAUUUUCUAUUUACUCUGUACUUUUAAUUUUUCCCCGUUCCUAUACCUAAGGCUCUUAAGUUUUUCGCCUCGUAGAAUCCGUUGUUGUUAGUUGAUUAAUUUUGUACCUCCGCAAAAUAAAGCUUAAAUCACCGAAAGUAACAGCAAAACAGAACUGAUAUAAAUCUACUGAGAGCAAGCAGAAACAAUCCAAUUCAUAGCUGUGUUGAGCAGAGAAGUGUCGUGUACAUAUAGGAGAAAACCAGCCCAGUUAGUCCGCCAGUUUUAGAAGAAGAGUUGCCAUAAAGUAAUUAGCAGGUCAGUGCAGAGUCUCGUCGUCGGUCGGUAGUGACAUAAAAUUAUGUUGGAACGCCCCUACCACUUGAAAAGGUAACCAAAUUUUUCGGAUAUUUAGCUUUAGGUAUAAAAGUGCGUGUGAAAUGCACUCUGGCACUCGGCGGUCGGUGCUGACCAGGCAGAAUUUUGGUCGAACGAAUAAAAAAUCGGCCAACAGCUGACAGGUAAAUUGAAUUAAUUGCUAUUUGUUCAGCUAAAGACGAACCUGCUGCUGCUGCUGUUGCUGGAGCUGAUGGUGGUGGUGGUGGUGGUCUUUUGUUCGCCCAUCAUCCUGCUGCUGCCUGAGUGUAGUUCGAUAAGCGUCAAGGAUUUUUUUCGUUUUCUGAAAAUCAUUCAAAAUAAUUUGAGAGAGCUCGUCGGAGAGGUGAAACUUUUAAUUCUUACGGUUCCCCCUUCGUAGUAACGUGCGCUAGGUUCAGUUUAAGGAGAAAUUCGCGGAAAAUUGUUUUCGGAAAGUUUUUUUUUUACCCCGUAAGAGGGCAUUUAAUAAUUAAUUAGUGGUUGCCCUUGGAAGGUGGCUUCGUUAGCGGCUGGUCCGUGUCAGUGUGAGCUCGCUUCCCGGAGGUGGCCCAACUUUGUACGUUUUCGAGAGCAGUUUCGUGAACUUAAUAAUAGAACCUGAAAGAACCUGGAUUCCGAUUACUAAAUUUCACUGUAACAGUGAGUCGUAGCUUUUAAAUUAAUCCCGAGGUUCCGUAUUUGAAACCAGCAGCUCACCGGCUACCGGUAGUUAGUUUGCGCAAGCGGGGGAAAGUUAUAAUCACAGAUUUUAUGUUGAUUUUAAUUAAAAAAAUUGGUGCGCGAGGCAGGCAGGAGACUUGCGCGACUACCAAAGACAACGAACUUUUUGAUUGCAGCACCCAACCGAUCGCGCAGUCGGCUUUGGAAGCGGAAAACAACAGGGGAAUCGAUCCCAAAUUUUACGAGUGACAAUUUUAUGAGCCCAUUAACGGCACCUCGCUCGCAAGCGACAUAUAUAUGUGUAGGGCCCAAUAUAGCUCGAGGGGUGAAAUUGUUUUGGGAAUCUCGUCGUUCAGCGUCAUUAAAAUUGUCUCGAAAUCGGUGUGAUUUCUACUUUUUCCAUCAAAAACAAAAUGCGUCACUUCGCUCGCUCGCUCUCCAUCCCUCCGCGCUAGUUCGCGCUCUAAUUAAUGUGUGAAAGAUGUUAGAAAUCGAUCGGUCGUAAAAUUAAACCAGAAAUUAUUUUAAUCCCUUUCGAUUGUUGCCCACUGGGCAUCGAUGCUCGUUCGCUUUUUCCACAAGCGCAAUCCACCGGUCGCGAUUUGCAUCAACCAACAAAUUUUAUCAAACCAUCCGAGAGGGACUGAUAUUUCUAUUUAAAAAAAACUAAGCCAUCACCAUCAUCAUCAUCAUCACUUCAUUAGGUCCAAGUGAUCUGGUGUUGAUUAUGGGCUUCUUCGGUUCUCCACACUUGCAGACCAAAAGUAGAAGAAGGCCACUGGAGGAGGGAGAGAGAGAGAGCCUAAGAUCAUUAAGUGGAAGCUUCUCCCGACCGACCGACCGACCUUCCGACGGUGUGUUCUUGGAGCUAAAGGUAGCUCCCAGCAGCAGCGGCAGCCAUGACAAAUGAGUGAUAUUUACCUUUUUCUCACCCAUAACUAAGAAGAGAGCUCAACUUGGGCCGUCGGACGGUUUUUUUUUCUCCGGUUGGUCUCGUUCUGGACGGCGGUUCAUUAGCAAGCCCCGGCUAGAGAAAUGAUGACUCUUUCAACUUGGGUCUUAAUUCUCAUUUUGGGUUGUUGGGAAAUUAACGCCCUUUUCGUGGUGUCGGGAGCGGCCGUAUGCACCACGGGGUCCAAUUCACAGUUUUAUUAUGGGGAAUGUCGUUCGAAAUUAAUUUUCAAUGGUUUCGGCCACUAGUGCUUCAGUGUGAUAUGUGUUUAAGGAGUCAUGCGAUAGUUAUGUGUACGCAGUUUUUUGGGAUUUUAAAAGUUCAGUGCAAUGUUUAGAACAAAUCUGUCAAAAUUAGUUGUCAAAGUUUACAAUUCUAGGUAGAGCUGGAAUAAGACCGUAAAAGCUUUUGUAAACAAUGACUUCUCUCGAUAAUUUCUAGGAAUUCAAGGUACGUCCACACAAACCAACAUAACCCUUGGGUAGGGGAAGUCGUCUGUGGGCGAGCAUUGACUUUCUAGAUAUCAUCGAUGGAAGCCAUUGUUUACAAAAGCUGUUACGCCCUAAUUCCAGCUCUAUCUCCAAUUCAUUCAGCAAUUAUU